AUGGAUUUCGUGGAAUUCGACACGUUUAAUGCAGAUGAUAAAGAUGUUAAUCUACCUCAACCACAGCCAGCGUUGUCGCUACCUAUAGCAUCAAAUUUGGAAAAUUUCAGCAAAAAGAUUUCUGCAUUCAGUCUAUCGAGGAAUUUCACCUCCUCCAAUAAUGACACCACCACUAACAAUCACCGGUCUCAUGAGAAUAAUGCUAUGGACAAAUAUGCCAAACUUUCAUUGUCUCUUUUAAAAAACGAAGAGGCUCAGACAAAGUCUGUCACAGUGAACCAAAAUGUCACUGAUUCAUUAAGUACACGUUUGUCAAGAGUUUUAAAUGGUUCCAUCAGUGAUGCCCGGAUGAGAGAUAUCUUCACUGGCCUUGAAGACAAGCUGGAUCAUGAUGGAAGGUAUUACCAAGAGCUUGUUGAGCCAGGGUUUACUGGCACAGUAGCAAGAAAGAAGUUAAAGGGGCGUAUUGAGCAAGAAUUGAUCAAAAACCAAACCACCAUUUUAAAGGAAUACCAACCAAUAGUAAAGCAGUUGAAACACAUGGAAGUAAAAUUGAAGAAAUUAAACGAGUUAAACACGCAAACAAAUCAUCGGUUGGAGAAAAACUUUCAAUUUCUGCAUGAAUUCAAUACCACGGUCAAUAAACUAUACGGAGAAAAACGAUUGAUUGGAAUCAAAAAGGAUCUUUUGAGUGCAUUCAAAAAUAAAUUCACGUUGAAUGAGUAUGAAGAGUAUGUGCUUCUGCAAGGCGAUUUGAAUGAUGAUUUUUUCCUGGCAUUGACGAAAGCAGAAAACAUUGUUGCUAAUUGCUCGAUAUUGUUGGCUGAAGACAACCCUCAAUUGGGGUUGAAAAUUAUGUCCAAAACGAAUGCCGUCAUCAAUAAGGCUAUAGAGCGGUCUGUGCACUAUUGUCAUCGAACAUUGGACAAUUUGUAUUCCCUCAACUCCAAAAGUCGGUUAUUAACUUUACACAAAUGUUUCCAAUUCCUUAAAGACAAGGAUAGAUUUGCUGAAAUUAUUGACAAGUUUAGCGAGUCAAGAUCCAAGGAUUUGUUGCAUGAAUUUUAUAACCAGAUUCAAGGACAAGUUGAGCCACAACAUGGCCAGUCAGAUGAAAGAAGACCCAGUGCAAGAAGCGCUGCAUCGAGUAGCACCGAUAUUAGACCACUUUUCCUAUCGGCACAUGAUCCUGUCCGAUUUGUGGGUGACUUUCUCGCCUAUAUUCAUUCGAUUGCCGUCAAUGAGUCGGAAACAAUAACCAAUAUCUUCACCAUGGGUGAUGAUAAUGACCACCAAUUCGACAGUAUUAUACAAAAUGUCACCAAUAUGAUUUUGAAGGCGUUGUCAAAACCAAUAAAGUCGAGAAUUGAGCAGAUUAUAUCAACAGAAACGAAAUUGCUCACCAUUUUCCACAUUUUCAACUUAGUCGAGCUUUAUUCAAUGAUGUUUGGUAAACAAUUGCGCCACUCAGAUGACCUUGUUUUAACCAUGAAGGCAUUGGUGCGGGCGUGUCAGGAACGUAUCUUUACUAUUGUGUCGAAUAAAAUUGCCACUAUUGCAUCGAGCAAUCUGGCGCGAUUGGAGUUGAAUCUGGAUUUGCAACCGCCAGAAUGGAUAAUUGAGUUUUAUUCGGAAAUAUUACCGAUGAUUGAUCAGGUUGCCAGUGAUACUAUCCUUCAUUUAUCGCAAGAUGAGAAUGACCGGUUUUUAAAUUUAAUUAUUAACCAGCCCAUCAAGGUGUUUACUGAUCAUGUACAUGAUAAUAAAACCUUUACCAAAAGAGACUCAUAUAUCAUACGGUUCAACUUUUUGGAUUUAAUACAAUCCAAAGUCAUGCCGAUUGCAUUGUUGUCGGAUAAAGUUUUGGAAAUUAAUGAUUUGAAUAAUGAAUUAAUUGCCAAAUUGACCGAUUUGGAACUUGCCAGUUUACUUCAAAGUUGUGGGUUAUAUGAUUAUAACAACAUCAUCAAUAUGAUUUGUCCAUUUUCAGAUGAUUAUUUUGAACCGUCCAUUUAUGAACCGAUUAAAGAGAAUAAAUUGUACAAUUUGAAAAAUGUACAAAAAGUCGAUGCAACAUUGCAAGAAUAUGUACCCAAUGCAAUGAUUGAGAUACAGCAGCUGUUGCUUCGAUUAAAUUCCCCAGUAACUGUCACUGAUGUGGUUAAUAAUGUGUUUUUGGAGUUUGUCAAAUUUGUCGAAAAGUUCAACUUGAUCAAUCGAGAAUAUUUAGAGUACAAUUUUACAUGGUCAAAUUUCGAAUUGGCAACAAUGUUGGGUAUUGACAAAGUUUAUGAAACGUAUAAACAAGGUAUCGAUUUCUUAAAUGAAUAA